AUGGAUUCAUCAUCGUCAUCAUUAUCAUCAGUAAACAUAGAUGAUAUGGAUGACUUAUUGGAUAUUAAUUUAAUUAUUCACAUCAAAUCUUUGAUUUCAUUGCUGAAACAAACUUUCUGUUCUGAAUGUAAUCAUUUAUGGGAUGGUUCACCAUCUAUCAAAACAAGAAAUGGAUUAUACAUGCAUGUAGAAUUUAUAUGCUCUAAUUGUGGAUGUAUUACUCAUUUAUAUUCAUCACCACAAGUCCAAGAUGGUAGACGUCAAGAAAUCAAUGCUCGACUAGAACUUGGUGCUACACUAUGUGGCUUAGGUUAUAAUGGGAUAAUAAAAUUAUUAGGUGCAUUGAAUCUACCACCAUCAACACACAACGGAAAUAUAUGUCAAGAACAAUCAAUGAUCGCUGCUGUUGAAGAAGCAAUUGCUGAAACUGAUGGUGCACGAGAGCUAACACUUAGUGGAGAUGGUGCAUGGCUUACACGUGGUCAUACAAGUGUACACGGCGUUUCAGCUAUGUAUUCCACAACAAAGCAUCCAAAAAUUUUAGAUACUACCUGGUCAUCUAAAAAAUGUUCAUCGGGUGGAAUGGAAAAAGGGAUGGUUCAUGAAAUGUUCUGUCGUUCAUUAGCAAAAUAUAAUACAACAUAUGUUUCUUAUGUUGGUGAUUGA